AUUGACAUUACGUGCGAUACGAAAACGAAAAGUCUACUUAGUAAAGGUUUGAUUACUUGUAAAUAAAUAUUUUUUUCUCAAAAUUACGGACUUAAAACAAUAAUUAAAUCUGGACUCCAAUAAUUCAGAUAAAUUUCUCACGAUGGAGGUUGAUCAGUUCUCAACAGAUUGGACGUAUCCCGGCGAAGGAUCUCGGUUACCUCUUAUCGACGAGUCGUCAACUCUUGGAACCCAACCACCGAAAGACAGAUUGAUUGCUGUUCUUGAUCAAGUGGAGAUGAGGGUGGAGCGGCUCCGACGUGACACGGUCCGCAUUGAGGAGGAGCGGGACUCUUUACUUUCUACGCUGGACAGUGUCAAGCACUCGGAAUUGUUAAACGACGUCACCGAAUGCGAUAAGGACGAUAUCAUGCGAUAUGCCGAACGGAUUCUGGCCCGGGCUAUGACCGUGGAGGUGGCAGUGCGGACCGACCGCGACUCGCAGCAAGAAGAAGCACUACAUCAGGUGAACAUGUACAUAGACCAACUGGUGGUGUCAGUGCACGACGACGCGGUACAAGCACACACGCGGUGUCAGAUGUACAUGAACGCGUGCACCUCCCAACCGGACCCCACCACCGGCACCGACAAGAACUUCGAGACCGCCAUCCUGGGCUGCACGCUCGACGACCAGAAACGGGUCAAGAAGCGCCUCCAGGGCCUCCUGGACUACUUCGCGAAGCUCAACGUCACCACCUGCUCGUGAGUCGAGGACUUGAUGUGUAACAAGCUUGUCAUACGCUGAGCGUUCCUUUUUACUGCCAGCUUUCUUAUUUGCGCAGCGCUGGACCACCGAGAGUACGUUUUGGUUUUGUUUGCCGAGAGUUAUUGUACCUAUUCGAGUAACUUGUAUUAUUAAUUGUACACUUUAGCUUUUUGUCUUUGAUACAGUCUACUCUUAGACUGUGUACAUAAAUAAAAUUAAUUCAGUUGGUUUAGAUCAAGAAUUUAUGGAGAUAACCAAGAGGAGAUUGUGCCGUGAAUACAAAAUUCCUUCACGUGUCUUCCGUCUCGUUCACUCACCAAUUGGAAUAGCGGGAAUAAUUAUUAAUGAUGAUACAGAGUUAGAGAAAUGUGAUGUGUUAACGUUGCAAUCUCUUGAUAUAGAUCUAUUUCGAAGAAAUCAUUUGUUUUACUAUUAACAACAGUUAAUAGAAAAAUAAUAAUAAAUACAUAUGAUUAAUAUUAAAACUAGAUGAACAUAUCUGAUUAUAUCUAGCCCAUUUGCUUCACUUUACAAAAAUAAAAUCCUAUCUUAAUAAUACAUGUAUAAUAAUAAUAAAAUAUGUAAUAUCACACUCCAACUCCGCUUUUAUAAAAAAAAUAUAAUUUCCACAUUAUUUGUUCUGAAAUAAGAUGAUAAUGUUUUAUACAUGAACAUAAAUACCUUACAUUAUAAAUUUAAAUUACGUUAAUAAAUAGCACAGUGUGAGUGACAGAGUCUCAACAAUGUUGCUAAUGAAUUUUGUAUUCGACAAAACAAUUGAUUCCGAGGAAAUGUCAGCCGUGAUUUAUUUUAACUUAAAAAUCUCACUCAAUGCAAUUUUUUAUAAAAAAAAAAAUAAUGCCAGCUGUCACCCACACGACGCUAUAAUGCGUAGAUGAUACUAAUUUAUCAUUGUCGAUAGAUAGAUAGAAUCUUUAUUGUUUUCUCCAAAAAAAUACAUUGUAGUUUUGUGUCUAUGUUUGCUUCUCUCUCGGUUCCACGGCAGUGGUUAUAAGCUUUGGCAAAUGUGAUAUCUGUAUACUUUAUAGUUAAAUUUUAUAGUAAUUCCGUAAAUUCAGUUGAUAGCGUAAUUUUUUCUUUAAAUGUUAAUUUUAAUUAGCAUGUAAUUGUACCAUUGAUAGUGGUCGACCUAGCUCUUAAUUAUUGCUUUUAUAUUUGUCAAAGUUUUUAAUUACUUGUUUAUUCGUCAAUAUUGUUGUAUAAAUAAAUAUAUUGCUAGGAGACAUCUCAGUGAGAUUUCAUGAUUGUUGUCGGUAUGAUGAAGAAAAGAAACUUGAGAAGACUGUUUGUUACCUACCCAGUUAAAGAAAAAAACGUUACUUAUAUGGGACAAAGGGAUAAUACUGUAAUCCUCUGAAUUGGUGGAAAGGACGCAGAAUAUAAGUAUAAAAAUUAAAAGUGUGUAUUCAUUCAUUUGUAGACUUUCGCGCUACAUGUAUUAUGGUUUAUAAGAAACGGGAAUAAAUGAAUGGGUGACAAAACAACUCUUGCCUUAAAGAGAAGAGGUGACAUGAUAGCGCUAAAUCAGUCUACUCGUUAUCACGGCCGGUGUAACCUGGUCGAAACGCCGAGAUAAUUUAGGUAAAUUAUAAUAAUUUAUGAUCAUAAAUAAUCGUGUUAGUAUCUGUUUUUUAUAAACCACAAAUGUAUAUUCGUCUGUGUUUAAAAAAUGUAUAAUUUAUUUCUAGUAUUAUAACAAAAAAAUCUGAAUUGCUAUAUUUUUGUACACUGUGUGGUCAUUUGAUUUUAGAAGCGAGCUUCUUAUCCAGAGUUCCCAGGCCGAUUUUGUAGUGUUAAUAAAUAUUAAUUAAAUUAACAACUAUUAUAAAAGUCUGUUAUUUUAACUGAUUUUGAAAGCAGUAGGAUGCUAUGCUCGCGGCGCGUAUCUUUUUAUUUAUGUAUACAUACACAUUUCUUCGAGAUCGGGACUGUUUUGUAUAUUUAUAUGUCGGAAAAGUUUAAUUCAAGGUGGGAUUCCAUACUAAUUUUGGUAAAAUUGAUGUAAUUUUUCUUAUGUAAAAUUAUUAGUUAUAAGCAUAAUAUUGAUAUGAUUCUGUGUCGCGAACUGAGCUACCUUUUUUGAGGAUUGCAGUAAUUUGUCUUAAAAGCCUUUUUAAUUAUAAAGUUUAAUUAGCCGCAUGAAUAUCGUGUAGGGCGUAUUUCUAUAUAAAAUGCACAAGUUGUUGAGAAAUGAUGUACUUACUCAUCUCAUUAUAUUACGUGCCCUUGGCAACUUGUGCUUGAAUGAAUAUUUAGGUAGAUAUAAUAAAUUUUUGAAGAAAAUUUAUCAAUUUAAUCAACGUUACCACCCUUUAACGGGAUUAAGUUUAUUUCCUUUGCCUAUACAAUUGAAUCUGGUCAUAGAUUUUUAUUGAAGUUGUAGCCUUAUGACAUAAUAAUAAAUUUACAUUUGAUCUUUAUUUUAAACGGUUUUCUUUAUAAAAUAUAAAACGUACGGGUAAUAAUUUUUGCUAACAAAGUGCCUAAGUAUGUAAAAUCUAUUCUCGUUUGAGAUUUGCGACAUGAUUGGCAUUAUAAACUCAUUACAUUCACUCUCAAUUAUUAAAUACCUAUACUAAUUUAGAUUUUUGAAAAUAUCCAUUAAAUACUCUAAAUGAUAGGUGUUCUGAACCUCGAAUUGUAUAAGAAAAAAAAAAACCACUAGAUAUGGUUGCUUACAUUUCAAGUAUUUAUGUAAGUAGAAUAAGUAUGGAAAAAGUUCGAAAAUUGUUAAAAAUAUACAUAGAAUGUUAUGGACCAAGUGAUUAAUUACCAUUUUAAGCAAUUGCUCGUUAAUACUGGCCUAUAAUUAAUUAAUAAAUUACCUUAUGGUAAUGCUAGUUAAGUGUAUUGUUUGUUUACCCAUUAUUCUACUAUGUACUGAAUACUGCUGGUUCGGAAAAAUAUGCAACAAGCUUUGCAUAAAUAUAAUAUUUUUAUUUUCUUUAAAGUUGAUAAAAUUAAUGAAAAUAAUUAUAACAAAUUAUCAUUGGUUUUAAAUGAAAAUGUCCGCUUGUUUGUACUUAUAUCGCUUUGAACAUAAAAGAAAAUUGUGUAGUGAUCAUAUCAAUAAGACAAUAAAUUUGGAAAAGCUUUUUAAAGUCAAUAGAUCUGUUUAAAUGUAGUUCAGUAUAUUGGGAAUUGGUUUGUAUUUAUAUAAGCAAAUUAAUGUAAAUGUUCUUAGGUUCUAUAACUGGGUGCCACCAAUUUUAUUGCUGUAUUGCGAAAUAAGUCAUAUGCAUAUGUAUUUAUUUUUAUUUCAUACAAAAAAGGCAAUAUGGUACAUUUCAAAAUGUGUCAUUCGGUAGUAGACAUGUAGCUACAUGUGGUAUAUACACCAUGGAACAAGAGAAAUACAGUCUGUUCUAUAUUUCAUUACUCACCUUCUGUAAUGUACCUGAGUCAUAUUCAAUCGACUCUACAUUGGAUUAAACUUCAGUAAAUGGAUUGGACUAUGUUUUGUCGUAACGUGUUCUCUUUUCACAUACCAAAUUUAUGUACAAUUCUGUUUUUUGUCUGCAUAAAAAAUUUUGAAUAAAUUGUUUUUUAUAGUGCGGAUAAACAUUGUUAUGAUGCGCAUACAUUACAAAAUAACGAUUGGACAUUAGGCACCUAGUAUUGGGUACUUAGUAGUAAUAAUAGUAUGAAUAUUGAGGACUAGGAAUAAAAAUUAAUUUAAUUAAUCACUUUGUCUAUAAUAUUAUAUAUGUACAUACAUAUAUAUAGAUGCUCCAUAAUCAGAAAAAUUAAAUAUUCUCGAUUAUAAUGUAUUUGUCGUCAUAUACUCACUAACGGGCACGUUUUAAACUACGAAGUGUGUUGUUGGCGAGUCAUAGGUAACUAUUGUUUAGAACUAAAGUAUUCCGUUUCGUUCGUUUAGUUUGUAAUUUUUCUGAAAGAUCUUUCACGACAAUUUCAGUUGUAAUUUAUUGAAAUUUGUUGCAGUGACGUUUUUUAAUAUAAUAAUUGCUAAUCUA